GCCAGUGUGAGCGCUCGUCACUGCGCGGUGCUGAAGGAGAGCUGCGCGUCUCCGCUUGCCUCUUCACUGAAGCGUUGCUUUAUGGUUUGGGCUUUUGUUCCGCAUCCGACCUGAAGACAACUGUGCACAACCCAUCGUCUGCAUGGAUAGCGAACCUCUGCUCUGAUGACACAGUAAGGAGGAGAUUCCAGAGGAAAGCUGCUUGUUUGACAUAAAAACCGAUCGCGAAACACCUGAUAAUAUUGUCCACUUUAACUGUCCUAGAGAAUCACAGUCACUCGACUGAAGCCAUGCCCUGCGUUCAGGCUCAAUAUGGGUCAUCACCUCAAGGAGCCAGUCCCGCAUCCCAGAGCUACAGCUACCACACCGCUGGAGAGUACAGCUGCGACUUCCUAACACCUGAAUUUGUUAAGUUUAGUAUGGACCUGACCAACACCGAGAUCACAGCCACGACUUCUCUCCCCAGCUUCAGCACAUUCAUGGACAACUACAACACCAGCUACGACGUCAAGCCUCCCUGUAUAUACCAAAUGCCCCAUGCAGGAGAGCAGUCCUCCAUCAAGGUGGAGGACAUCCAAAUGCACGGCUACCAUCAGCAGGGCCACCUGCCACCUCAGUCUGAAGAGAUGAUGCCCCAUUCCGGGUCCAUGUACUACAAGCCCUCUUCGCCCCACACUCCGAGCACACCAAACUUCCAAGUACAGCCCAACCACAUGUGGGACGAGCCCGCUUCCCUGCACAGUUUCCACCAGAACUACGUAGCGACCACUCACAUGAUAGAUCAGCGCAAGAACCCGGUGUCCAGGCUCUCCCUCUUCUCCUUCAAACAGUCCCCUCCCGGCACCCCCGUAUCCAGCUGCCAGAUGAGAUUCGACGGCCCCCUCCACGUGUCCAUGAACCCCGACACCCCAGGAGCUCAUCGUGCCUUAGAGAGCCAGAGCUUCGCUGUCCCGAGCGCCAUCAGGAAACAGGCGGCCAUGGGCUUUCCUCAUUCCCUUCAGCUCGGCCACGCGCAUCAGCUGAUGGAUGGCCAGGUGCCGUCCCCGCCGUCCAGGGGGUCUCCCUCCAACGAGGGUCUGUGCGCGGUGUGCGGGGACAACGCCGCGUGCCAGCAUUACGGAGUGCGCACCUGCGAAGGCUGCAAGGGCUUCUUCAAGCGCACCGUGCAGAAAAAUGCAAAAUACGUGUGUUUAGCCAACAAAAACUGUCCGGUUGAUAAGCGCCGAAGAAACAGAUGCCAGUACUGUCGUUUCCAGAAGUGCCUUGUUGUCGGCAUGGUCAAAGAAGUUGUCAGGACAGCCAGCCUUAAGGGUCGAAGGGGGCGUCUGCCAUCCAAACCGAAAAGUCCACAGGAGCCUUCGCCCCCCUCACCACCAGUGAGCCUCAUAAGUGCUCUGGUAAGGGCCCACGUGGACUCGAACCCAUCCAUGUCCAGCCUGGACUACUCCAGAUUUCAGGCCAACCCUGACUACCAGAUGACUGGAGACGACACUCAGCACAUCCAGCAGUUCUAUGAUCUUCUCACCGGCUCCAUGGAGAUCAUCCGAGGCUGGGCGGAGAAGAUUCCUGGCUUCGCUGAUCUUCCCAAGCAGGACCAAGACCUCCUCUUUGAAUCAGCUUUCCUGGAACUUUUCGUCCUCAGAUUGGCGUACAGGUCUAACCCCGUGGAAGGGAAACUCAUUUUUUGCAACGGAGUUGUGUUGCACAGACUGCAGUGUGUCCGUGGAUUUGGAGAAUGGAUAGACUCCAUCGUGGAGUUCUCCUCCAACCUCCAGAGCAUGAAUAUAGACAUAUCGGCGUUUUCCUGCAUAGCUGCCCUUGCCAUGGUGACAGAGAGACAUGGACUAAAGGAGCCCAAAAGGGUCGAAGAACUUCAGAACAAGAUUGUGAACUGUCUCAAAGACCAAGUGACUUUCAACGGCGGCGGCUUGAAUCGUCCAAACUACUUGUCAAAACUUUUGGGGAAGCUUCCAGAGCUCCGCACGCUGUGCACGCAGGGUCUGCAGCGCAUCUUCUACUUAAAACUGGAGGACCUGGUUCCUCCGCCGGCAAUAAUCGACAAACUGUUCCUCGACACCCUGCCUUUUUGAAAGACCCGGCACCGUCCCGUCGACGCCCGACUUCCAGAGACUUCCGCGCCGCUCUGUCCGUGACGUAUAUUUUUAAAGCGCUUUUCUUUUAGAAAUAUGUCCAAAUAUUG